GAAUCGUAAUCCAUUCGGAGAUAACAGUAAACUCAAAAGUGCAUUGGAUUUUCCACAACCACUUGGUCCGGCAAAUAAAAUUCGACAACUGUCAGGAAAGAGAUCUCCAUGUUUUGGAAAUCUUUCAUUUUCUAACAUAUCUAAAUUAUCAACUGAUAAAACAGAUGGUUGCUGUUCGACUUCCAUCUUACAAUCAAAUAAAGCCAGAUCCUCUUUCUGUCUCAUUAUAUAAUGUUAUAUAUGAAUAGAGCUUACACAUUAUUUAUUCAGUAUAAUGCUGACCUUCGCCAAUGGUGGGGGUCUUAUAAACUCCAUAAUAAAUAAGCUUCCUAUUGAACUCCAUUUGCCUGGAUACUCAUAUUGUGGACCUGGUACUAAACUGCAAAAACGAUUAGAAAGAGGUGAUCCUGGAAUAAAUCUUUUAGAUCAGGCGUGUAAGGUUCAUGAUAUAACCUACAGCAGGACAAACAAUUUAGAAGAAAGACAUAAAGCAGACAAAGAAUUGGAAGAUAGAGCUUGGAAUCGAUUUCGCUCCAAGGAUGCUUCGUUGCGUGAAAAAACUGCAGCGCUUUUUGUAACUGGUACUAUGAAAGCCAAACGAAAAUUAGGUAUGGGAUAUCGAAAAUCCUUCCGAACUGCUAUAUUGAACCCUGUGAAUAAGAUAUUACAAAAAUAUAAUACGAACGAUAUGAAGAAAUCAGCAUCCAUAGCUCUGAGAACAGCAAGAGCAGCUGUUAAAAGGGCAGGUGGUAAACGUAAAAUACGUAUUCCACGAACUAUAUCCUUUGAAAGUAAGUGUGGUGGAGUACUACCAUUAAUGGGUAUUUUAGCUGGUUUGGGUGCUAUUGGAUCAGUGCUUGGAGGAAGUGGUUCAGUUGCCAAUGCUGUUAUCAAUGCCAAUAGAGCAAAAAAGAAGCUAGAGGAAGAAAAACGGCAUAAUAGGGCUAUGGAAGCUAUUGGACAUGGAUUGUUCUUAAAAAAGAUGAAUAAAGGGUAUGGACUAUUUUUGAAGAAGCAAAAAAAAAACCUCUGA